AUGGCUAUACCGCACUACGCCUACCUCAAGAUGAAGAUGCCGGGAACCAAGGGUAUUAUCACAGUGUCUGGAGAUUACAAGAAGUCGGCCGCCUGUGCUGCAGCCAGCAGCCGACUGGCCGAGUCCCUUGUGAUUGCAGCCGAGAGGAAGCUCCUUGACCGGGUGGUGGCCAUGGCCAGCAAGCAGCCGGACCUGUCACCAGACCCCAGGGAGUCGGAACCUCAGGGCUCAUUCCAGCCGGCUAAAGAGACCAAGAAGAUUCCCUUGGACCCGAACCACUCAGAGAAGUUUGCUGACAUAGGUGCUCACCUCGACAGCAAAUAG